AUGUAGAUCGAUACAAAGUCUAACAACUCGAGAUUAGAGAUGAUGGAAAUAGAUUAAGGGCACAUGAUACCUGAAUUCAAAUUCCCUCUUAAGAGAGAUGGUCUAUAAAUAGAACCUUCUGACCCUAACAAAUUCUGGGUUAAAAUAGUAAAAAGCUUUAAAGAAUGGACUGAGGAUAGAAUAUUAGAGAAACUUGAAGAGCUAAGUGACAAUUUGUGCGGCAUUUAAAAGUGCACCUAGAUCAUUGAUAAUGAGAACUUUGAUGAUCUUUACUCAAUGAUCAACAGGCUAGACGAUAUCCCAGUCAGUGGAAGAGUCCAGAUUCUAGAAGUCUUAAACAGCGGCUUGCAAUAGCUUCUUAAAUUGAUUGAUAAGAGUCAAAUCCUCAACAUUGAUUCGGCAUUUGAACAUAGAAGAAGUCUUCAAAGCAAUACAAUGUCCUAGCUAAUGAGUUUCAAUACUUAGGGAGGUAAGAUUGAUGUAAACUAGAUUAGAAAUAGUCUUAAAUCUUAUUUGUACUUGGUGACAUUUUUCCUCAGUGAAAACUCAAAAUUGAAGGAAAGUAAAGAGACCUAGUCGAAGUUUCGCAAAAAGCCAAAUCCUCUUGCCAGAACUGGUGGGAGAUCAAAUAGCAGUGCUCAGGAUAAAAAUGUUAACUAUAUGACUGAUAUGAGGGAAAAGACUGUCAAGUCACUAACUUACUUUAUUGAAAUGGUGGAGGAAAUGGAACUCAAGUACCUCUGGAGAGAUCAGAAAGUCGAAGAAGAUUUUGUCAAAUCUCUCAUAAAUAUGUCAUUCGACUUACUACUAAACCAAAACAAUACUAAAUUUUCUGAAGUUAAGGAGAGAAUUUUCGCUAUCUUGCAAAUCUGCAUGGAAAAGUUUGGGUCUGAUUUGAAGUAUAUGUCAAGUCAAAAUGCAACUAAAAUCAUUGAUUUGUUGUAUAAUCAAGAGAAUCUUGCUCCUCAUAUGGCAGACUUCGUAAGUCUGGUUAAUGAGAAGAUUGGGCCAUAAAUGCCAAAUGAAAUUUUAAGAGAGUUAAUGAAUCAGAUAUUCAAGUAAGAAAACAAUCAACAUGAGGGUCUCGGAUUGAAAAACAUUAGUAUUUUUAUGAGGAAACUUUCUAAAAAAUGCCCUAAAAUAAUGUAUCAGAACAUUUCAACUCUUCUUAAUUUGUUUGACUGUGAGUCUUACUUGCUACGUUAAGCAAUCAUCAAGAUUCUAAGCAAUAUUAUCAUGUUUGUUCUCAACAAGAUAGAGGACUAGGAGGAUACUAAUACAAGGGUAGCCUAUAACAAAACCAAAGAAAAGUUUAUAGAACAGAUUGUAAAGAGAUUCUUAGAUAAGUCAUCAUAUUGCCGUUCAAAAGCACUAAAAUCAAUCAGGAAGUUAGUUGAAAGUAAUUCUAUCCCUAGAUCUAGAUAUUCUGAGAUACUUGACCAAACUAUCAGCAGACUAAGAGAUUAGACAACUUAAGUGAGAAAAAAUGCUCUUAAACUUCUUGCUUUUUUGGUUAAUAUGUAUGGUGUAAUCCUAAAUGCUGACUUGGUAAAGGGUGAACAAUUUCUUAAGAUUCAUUAAGUAAGAGAAGAAUAUGAAUAAAAUGUAAAGGACUUAAAUGACUUAGAAGGUCUAAUCAAAGAAAAGGCAAAAGUUAUUCAAAAUGCCAAGGAUGUGAUAAUGAGUGAUAUCAAGUCUGAAAAUCCUAAGGUAAUCGAAUAAGAAGUUUUAAGAGACAAAAAAAUACAAAACUUAUUGAAGGAGGUCAGUGAAUUAUAAAACACCUACAGAGAUAAUGAGCAGAUUUGCCUGCAUCUGCAGGAGUAUCUUAAAUUUCUAGAGCAAAUUAACUAGUCUUCUAAAUACUUGAUUAUGCUUCUCUCAAGUAAAACCUAGUAUGAUACUAUUGAGACAGUCAAGCUCUUCUAGUACCUCUACUUAUUUGGAAUUGAAUCUGCUGAUGAAGGUAUCAAAAAGAUGCUUACUUUGCUGUUUUCCAAGGAUAUUGCAGUUUCAACUGCUGUAUUUGAAUGCUAUUAAAAAUUAUAUUUUGAUACCAAACAUACUUCAGACCUUAAGGCUAGAAAUUUAGUAGACAUGCUGAAAGGUGCUAAUCUUACUCAUCUUACAUGCGUAGAAGAACUCAUUAAAAAGUGCUUAGCUGCUAAUAUAUUUGAAAGAUAAGUUAUCAUGCAGUUAUGGAUGUUGUAUAAGGAAAAAAGAGAUUAGAUAGAAAGUGUCAUUGAAAAAUAAAAACAUUAACUUAAUCAAGCUCAAAUCAUAUAAUUAAGAAUGAUAGCAAAAGAAGAGUAAAGGUCUGCAGUUAAAAUUUUGAGAAUGGUUGGGUCUAGUAAUGUUGACUUCAUAAUAGACCUUAAGGAUUAAUUGUUCUAAAUCUCACUAAGAUUUGCAAAAGAAAAGAACCUAGACUUCAUCAUAAUGAAGGAAGCUCUUGUUACCUAUGAAAAAAUCAUAAUUCAUUAAAUGAAAAAGCAAAAGCAAAGAAACGAUGAAUAAUAGAAUUAGUAGCAGCAGAUUACUGAGAUUGAUAAGAAAUACCUUUUUGAGAUGUUCAAUGUAAUUAUUAAGAGUUUUGGCACUGAAAAUCUAGAUUGGUUCUGUGCUACUGAAGCUAUACUGAAUACCCUUUUCAAUAUUAAAACAAGAAAUUCACCAGAGUAUGCUAAGUUUUUCAUUCAGAAACUUACUGAGUCAAUGUAUCAGUCGAACAGGCAAUCUGAGAAUGAUGAUGGCAUUCAAAGUCUUGAAAAUGAUAACUUGAUGAGCUAAACUUAGCAAUCUUUUGGAAAUCUAGAUCAAUUGAGAUAAGAUAUCAAUGACUUUCACUAUGCAUAAAUAUUCUUUGUAGUUGGGCAUGUAGCCAUAAAGAUGUUGACAUUUAUAGAAUAGAUUGACAACCAACUCAAGAAAUCUGGCACCGAGACAUUCAAUCAGAGAGGGCCUAAGAAUGACAAAGGCGACGGAGAUAAAAAGGAAGAAGAUGAAUUAGAUCAAAUUGCUGGAGGUAAAGAAGCUGAAAUUGAGCAGUACUCUCAGACACUUAAGAAAAUCAUUGAGGAAUCUCUAAUAUAAGAGGGACUUUUGGGCAGAUUCUUGCCUCCAAUGCUAGCAGUGAGCUAAAUGGCAUUACAGAAACAUCAGAACCAGGCUGUCUAGAAUCAGCCAGUAAAUAUUUGCAUCCUUGAAAGAUCAGCUAUUCUAGCUCUUUGUAAAUAUAUGUGCGUCUCUGAAUUAAUAUGCUAACAGCAUCUAGAUGUGAUAAUUGGCUUAUUAAAGUCAGAGAUAGAAUUUGGUGUGAAAGCUAACAUUAUCAUUUCGCUGGGAGAUCUUUUUAACAGAUUCCCAAAUACACUGAAUGAAAGAACCAAGGACAUAUUCAUGUUACUGCAUGACCCUUAGAAUCUAGUUCGCAGACAAGCACUAAUGGUCAUUACUCAUUUGAUCCUUAAUGACAUGAUGAAACUGAAGGGUGAAAUAGUGGAUAUUUGCAUGCUCCUAGAAGAUUAAGAUGAAAGAAUUAGAGAUCAAGUCAAGCUUUUCUUGCAUGAGCUUCACACUAAAGGCAAUAAUAACAUUUACAAUCUUUUCCCAAAAGCAAUAAGCAGAUUGUCUAAGGAAUUCUAAGAUUUAUCAAUGGAAGAAUUCUAGAAUAUAGCUAAGAAUCUUCUAGAUCACAUCGAUAAAGAUAAAUAGACUGAGUAAAUUGUAGAAAAGCUGUGUUUGAAAUUCAGAAGUUCAGAAAAUCCUAUCGAGUGGAGAAAUACUGCCUACUGCUUGUCCUAGUUAAAGUAUACUGAAAAGAUAUUUAUCAAGCUUAUGGAAUACUAUGAUUUCUAUAAGGAUAUCAUCCUAAAGAAUAAUGAAGUGAGAAUUUAUUUUGCUACGCUAGUGGCAACUCUGAAAAAAUAGUUCAGUAAUAAACCUGAUUUAAGAAAGUUCCUUGAGGAGUAUGAAAUGAAGAUAUUAGCUUCAGACGAACAAGCAUAGCUCAACUUGAAGCAGAUUUAGAUUGUUGGAGGUGUUGGAAGUAUAUCCAAGCAAAGACCUAAGGGCAAGAAAGUUCAAAUUCAACAAAAAGCAGGGGAAAAUAAUAAUAUGGAGCUUGAUGAUGAUGAGGAGGUCAAGGAAAAUCUAAAUAUUAGCAAUGUUACAUCGGCGAGAUAGAGCAACCAAAAUACUAAGAAGAGAAAAAUUGCUGAUAUUUCAAAUCAAAGGUUAGUACAAAAGGGCAAGGCUUAGUAGUAGAAUAUAGAAAUAAUAAGUUCAGAUGAGGAAAUGAUGUGA